GCGACACUUUGCAGACGCUCCCCGGCGCCGGGAAUGGGCGCCGCUGCCGCCGUCGGUCCCCGGGCCGGAUUCCGCGCGCGGGCCCAGGAGUCCCGGUCCUCAGCAUCUCUCCCCUCCUCCUGAGUGGGGUACUAUCUCCCCGGGGAUGUCCCCAAGGAGUCCAUCUGUGGCUGCUGUUUUUGUCCAGUGCCCCUGAGGCGCUCAUCUGCCCGGGUCCGCUGGAGGUUGCACCAUGAAUGACCGAAACGGCCGGAGGAGGACACUGAAGAAGGACAAUGAGGCCUUCGAGAUCUCCAUCCCCUUCGACGAGACACCCCACCUAGACCCACAGAUCUUUUACAGUCUGAGUCCUUCUCGGGGAAACUUCGAGGAGCCCCCGGAGGCCGCAUCCCCACCAGUGGCCCUGAUGAACGGCGUCAGGGCCCAGCUGCACAUGGCCCUGGAGAGGAACUCGUGGCUGCAGAAGCGCAUCGAGGACCUGGAGGAGGAGAGGGACUUCUUGCGGUGUCAGCUGGACAAGUUCAUCUCCUCUGCCCGCAUGGAUGCAGAGGACCACUGCCGAGUGAAGCCUGGGCCCCGGCGGGUUGAGGGGGACAGCCGGGGUGGGGCCGGGGGUGAGGCCUCGGACCCUGAGUCAGCCGCCUCCUCGCUCAGCGGAGCAUCUGAAGAAGGCAGUAACGUGGAGAGGAAGAGGCAGAAGCAGAAGGGAGGUGCUGGCCGGAGGCGCUUCGGGAAGCCCAAGGCCCGGGAGAGGCAGCGGGUGAAGGACGCAGAUGGUGUCCUCUGCCGUUAUAAGAAGAUCCUGGGCACCUUCCAGAAGCUGAAGAGCAUGUCUCGGGCCUUUGAGCACCACCGCGUGGACCGCAACACAGUGGCGCUGACCACACCCAUCGCCGAGCUGCUUAUCGUGGCCCCAGAAAAGCUGGCGGAGGUGGGCGAGUUCGAUCCCUCCAAGGAGCGUCUGCUCGAGUACUCGCGCCGCUGCUUCCUAGCCCUGGACGACGAGACCCUCAAGAAGGUGCAGGCCCUCAAGAAGAGCAAGCUGCUGCUUCCCAUCACCUACCGCUUCAAGCGGUGAUCCCCGACCUGGCCGGGACACGCCCGCCGGCCCCCCACUCCGCUCCCUCCGGCCCUCCACUCCGCUCCCUCCGGCGCACGGGCGAGCGUGUGCAUGAGUGUUGUGCCCCUCGCGACCGUCUCGCGGGUGGGCGGCGUGUGCCUCUCUUCCUCCUCCUGCACCUCCACUGCACCCCACGUCCCUUGUAUAUACACGUGCCCUCCUUGCCUCCCACAUCCCGAGCAUCCUCACCUUCCUCCGCAUUCCCUGGGUUGGGGCUGGGGUGGGGGGUGGGGGUGUCUCACUUAGCUAGGCUCCCGGGAGCCACUGCCCAGGGGCCGGUUUCUGUCCCUUCCUAAACACGGGCUCCCCUCCCACUUGAGCUGCACCGUCCUGCCCUUACUGGGCCCGUCCUCCUGGGGAAACUGCGGGACUAUGCGGGGCGGGGGCUCCGUACACACCCCGCCUCCGCCCCAGGCCCGAGCAGAGGCCGGCCCGCCCAGCCUGGAGCUCCCCACCCGCGCUCCGGACCGCCCCGCGUCCACGUGAGAGAGAGAGUUAUUCAGAGAAUUUAAAUUAAAAAGAGACGAUAAAAUUUGGAAUAAA